GUCCUCGGAGGGUCUUUGGCACCUGAAGGGGCUCUAAGCACAAUUAUAGCUCUGCUCCUCUCGCUGCUGCCUCUGACACAAUCGCUUUGGUUGUUAUUGUGCACAGCUUCUUCUCCAACUCUAAUCCCUGAGGAUUCACACCUGUUCAAAGCAUCAUUUUCUCUUAUCCUGGCUUCACUGAAGCUCAUUUUUCAGCUAAACCAUCACAUGCAUGUUUUCAGAGGGCUGGGAUGGACAGUUUGAUCCAUGGUGCUGGUGACACUUAAUUCUUGGUGAGAUGUCCUUGAGUGGCAACACAACCCAGUCGUCUUUGUCAGCGUCACCUUUUCCUUUGAUCUUCAACAGCUCCACCCCUCCACAAUCCUCAGCUUGGGAGAAAGAGCGAGCCAGCCAUGAGUCUGUAAAGGACUGGCCAGGGAAUGAGACCCAGCUCCUCUCAGACUUCGCCAUUCUGGAGCAUGAUGAGCAGUGCCACAUGUCUCCUGUCCUGACAGCAUGCCUUGUAGCCUGGUACAGUGUUACAAUGGUGCUAGGGUUGGUGGGCAACAUUGGCCUCAUUUGCAUCAUUGCCCGCCGCAGAGAAAAGGUCAAUGUCACCAGCAUUUUCAUCUGCAACCUGUCGUUCUCUGACAUUCUGGUAUGUGUCUUCUGCCUCCCCUUCACUGUCAUAUACACAAUCAUGGACCACUGGGUGUUUGGCUCGCUGUUAUGUCGCUUGGUGCCGUUCAUCCAGUGUGUCUCUGUGAGUGUGUCAGUGCUGUCUCUAGUGUUUAUCGCCUUAGAAAGGCACCAGCUUAUCAUUAACCCCUCUGGAUGGAAACCAAGUGUUCCUCAGGCCUAUAUGGCGAUUGUUCUCAUUUGGAUACUGGCCUGCUUCACCUCUUUGCCUUUCUUGGCCUUUCAGCUACUCACAAAUGAGCCCUAUACCAAUGUAAUCCUGCCUGUGCCAUCGGUACAUGACCAAGAUUUUCCUCAUGCUUAUCUCAACACAUCUCCUCCUCAUACAUACAAAAACCUGUCUGCGCUUCAAAAUUCAUACCAUUCCCUCUUUUCUUACGUCCCCACCUCUUCACAUAUGGAAGCCUGUGUGGAGCACUGGCCAUCCCAGGGUCACAGGGUCGCUUACACCACGUGGCUCCUGCUGUUCCAGUACUGUGGGCCACUGUUUUUGGUCCUGCUCUGUUAUGUUAGAGUUAUUGUGCGGCUCCGUCACCGCAAAGAAAUGUUGGACCGCGCCCGGACCCCGGAGUGCCAGCGCAUGACCCACAGCCGCCGGAUCAACAUCAUGCUGGUUGCCCUCAUAACAGUCUUUGCUCUUUGCUGGCUUCCGCUCACCAUCUUCAACGUGGUGUCAGACUGGAACCAGGAGGCUCUGCCUGUCUGUCACCACAACCUGCUGUUCUCCCUCUGCCACCUGCUGGCCAUGUCCUCCACCUGCAUUAACCCCGUCAUCUACGGAUUCCUCAACUCCAACUUUAGGCAAGAGGUGAGCGAGGUGCUCCUACACUGCCGCUGUUUCCCACUAGAGGAAGAGUGUGAGCAAUAUCCCAUGUCCACUGUGCACAUUGAAGUGUCCCAUACCUCUGUGCCUCUAACCUGCAGGAGCAACUCUGUGUGACACUGAUGCUUCAGCCUAAGGGAUCCUUCUUACAUAAACUGUACAGUUGUAAGACAAACUGUUGCUGUUUGUUCUUACUUUAAUUUCACUAGAUCCAUUUUAAAAGCAGCUUAAAGAUAUUUAUUGUAAAUUUCUAUGUUUAAAAAAGUUCACCACAAGUUUAUGUAAAAAAAAAAAAAAAUCUAUGUUUUGUUUUAAAGAAAUAUUAACUGAACUUAAACUAGGACGAAACUAUACUUUUGUAUGAUACCAGUAUGUAACAUAACAUGGUGCAACCAGUCAGCCCAGCAAGUCAUUGAAGCCUUGUUUCCACAACUUUGGCUCAACUCAACUUUACUAUACUCAGUUUCUCAUUUCCACCUCAAUGUGCAUGGGGUCGUUAUAACAACGUCAUUUUUAUCUGACAAACACAACACAACGAUGGAGGACAUCGAGGAGGUGGUAUACCUGCUGCUAAGUCUAUGGCUUUUUCUCAGACUUGGAAACCACGGUGUUGGUUUUUGUUGCUGGGUUUCACCUUUCCAUUUGCACCUAAUGACAAACCCUAAAAACCAAGUUGAGUCCAGUCAAACAGGUACUUGUAGAAAAAAGGCAUUAGUCAUUAACACAUUACUAUGAAACAGAUUCCCAAAGUGUGGGCUGGAGCCACAAUAGGCUGCGAGUGUACUGCAGGUACAGAAAUUCCAUUAAAUGGAUUUAUUUAUAUAUAAAGUGAAUAAAAAUAAUAAGAUGUGGCUAGUUUGUUAUAUUACUUAUUCAUCCAACCAAUUUGCUUCUCUUGUAUUGAAGUUUAUAUCCCAAUACCAUACCAUAGUAUUUUACUUAUGACUUGGUAACUUUAGCAAUUUUUAGCCAAAACCCUGUUUAUGUUUUUUGAAUAACACUUUCAAGGAAAUAUAUUUCUUUUUAUUGUAUUUUAAUUGAAGUGAAAAUUUAAAAUGGGUGUGCCCCAUGGGAUCUUCUGGUUUUUAAUUGGGCUGAAGCACUCUUGACUUUGGGAAUCGCUGCUAUAAACAAUGGCGGUGUGGAAAAAAGCAAAGCUUUUUGAGGAAUUUAAAGUAGGGCUUAAAAGAAACAUCACAAGUUAAAGGAAUGCACAAUAACUAAGACAAAAUCUCAACACAUCCACUGGUAAAAUGCUGCCUGCAGAGGUGAAAAUUGUAGUCAACAUUUGCAUAACAAAAAAUACCUUUAAAGUGCAAUGUUUUGUUUUGGCUUAAAGUGAAGUGUUUCAUACAGUGUCUUACUAUGAGCAAACUGUAACUAUAAAGCCACUGAAAAAGGAGGUGCAUUUAAUCUUAACUGUUGCUUUUUCAGAAUUUCAUGCUUCAUGCCAUAUACUAUCUUACUGUAUCCUGCUAUUAUGACAUAAAUCCAGCAGGUGUUAGCUAAACUGUGACUUAAAGAAUUACUGCCAGUUAAACAUUUUAACACUUUAAAUUUAUACUAGAAUCAUAGAACAAAUCCAUAUUGCAGUAUUAUCAGCACCUACAGUGGUGACCAGAGAUAAAGGGAAAAAACAGAAUAAAAGAGUGGAGAAUCAUAAUAAAUGCCGAUAUAUUUAUACGGCAUGAGUGGUCAUUUGACAGGUAUCGCAAUGUUUUAGAAGCACCAGUGUGGUUAGGGUUGUUCAGUUCAGGUGUCUCAAUGAGCCAUGAGACACCAAGAAUAGUCAUUAUUCUUUUCUUUUUUUUGCACCUGUUUUCUGUGACAUGUCAAAACCUUUGCUGAGUCAUAUUAAUUGUUUAUUAAGUAUAAAACAUGUGUGACCAUACUGUGGCCUUCAGACUCACCGGACCUCAAACCAACAAAAUGCCUAAAGUAAACUUUGAAGUGAUGUGUUGCACGGUGGGAGGGAAUGCCUCUCAUAAGGAUUCUGUUCAUCCUUCCAUACAGUUUCAGAGACUGUGAACUGUUCAGAGACUGUUUGUAACAGAGACUCUUUCAGAAAACUGUGCUACCAGGCCCUAAGUAUAAAUGUUCAUUUCAUUUAUCGUGGAACUGCACGGUGUGCCAUUUUGAGACAAAUUAGACGCUAAUGUUACAAACUGUUUUAUGAGUGACCCCCUGCUGUUGUAUUUCAUGUAUUUCAAUACAAUUCAGUUUUUUGUAUUCAUAGUAUCAACCCUGUGAAAUUUCUGUCUUAGCUUUUAUGGUGAAGAAAACUCUAGGUGGGUUUUGUUCUGUGAUUGAAGUGACAAAUAAAACUGAAACUUACUAACUUAUAUACAUUGUUAAAUUGCAGGCCUUAAUUUAUUUUAGAUGGGUUCAGUAAAUAUUAAAAUGCUUGGACAUCAAAUGUGCAUGGGCAUGAUUUAAAUUACAUCAAAAUGUGUUAAAUAACUUGUUUCGUUGGGGCAGUAUGUUUAUGUAGUUGCAGUAAGUGCCAAGUUUUGCCUGCAUGUGGAUUACUUAAACAUGUCUUAGCUAGAGACUUACUUAUGUGUGAAAUAAAUAAAUUUAUAUUCCUUGAAAGCAUCACAACUAAUACCACAAAUAUAUGUCUAUUUUAACUUCGACUACGUUGCCAAAAGUAUUAACUCACCCCUUAUGAUGAUUAAUUUCAGGUGAUCCAAUCACUUCCGUGGCCACAGGUGUAUAAAAUCAAGCACCUAGGCAUGCAGACUGCUUCUACAAACAUUUGUGAAAGAAUGGGUCACUCUCAAGAGCUCACUGAAACUCAGCAUGGUACUGUGAUAGGAUCCCACCUGUGCAGAAAGUCCAGCUUCUAAAUAUUCCACAGUCAGCUGUUAGUGGUAUUAUAACAAAGUGUAAGGGAUUGGGAAUAACAGCAACUCAGCCACAAAAUGGUAGGCGACAGAGCUGGGUCAACAGACACUAAGGCACAUAGUGCAAAAACGUUGCCAACUUUCUGCAGAGUCAGUCCCUACAGGCCUCUAAACUACAUGUGGCCUUAGGAUUAGCUCAAAAACAUUGUGUAGAGGACUUCAUGGAAUGGGUUUUCAUAGCUGAGCAGCUGCAUCCAAACCUUACAUAACCAAGUGCAAUGCAAAGUGUCAGUGUAAAGCAUGCCCUGGACUCUAGAGCAGUGGAGAUGUGUUCUCUGGAGUGAGAAAUCAUGCUUCUCCAUCUGCCAGUAGGAUGGUGGAGUCUGGGUUUGGCAGUUGCCAGGAGAACAGUACUUGUUUGCAUUGUGCCAAGUGUAAAAUCUGGUUGGGGGGGGGGGGGUAUAUGGUGUAAAGUUGUUUUUCGGGAGUUGGGGUCGGCCCCUUAGUUAAAGGAACUCUAAAUGGUUCAGCAUACCAAGACUUUUUGGACAAUUUCAUUCUCAUACCUUUGUGGGAACAAAUUGGUUCAACCUGGCUGCACACUAGUGCACAAAGAGAAGGAUUAGCGAGUUUGGUGUGGAAGAACUUGACUGGCCUGUGCUGACCACAACCCAGCAGAGCGCAUUUGAGAUGAAUUAGAGCAGAGGCUGCAAACCAGCACUUCUUGUCCAACAUCAUUGUCUGACCUCACAGAUGCACUUCUGGAGUCUGCAGAUUUCUGAAUGUUCAGAAAUCCCAAUAAACACACUCCUAAACCUUAGGGAAAGCCUUCCCAGAAGAGUUGAAGGAAUUAUAGCUGCAAUCAUAUUAAACCCUAUGGAUUAAGAGGAGGAUGUCACUAAAACUCAUAAGCAUGUCAAUGCAGAUGGGCAAACAUAGUGUAGAUAAUGUGUCAUGAAUUUAUAUGUAAUUCACCUGCAAGCUGCUUUUUAAAACAAUCUUUCUAUUAUUUAUCAUCUUUGUUUAUCUUCCUUGUUAGUUUUCC